AUGAACUUUUUCAGGCGCAGACGCGUACGCUCGUCGCGGGCAAUGCAGGGAGCCGCCAACGCCCCGGCGCCACCCGCGGCCGAGCCGCCGGCUCAGCAGCAAAUCAAAGCGGAGGUCAUCAGUGAGGCGAAGGUUGAAACGGACGAGGGCCAGGGCGGGAGGAUGAAGUUGGAAAACGAGCCCAGGGCUAAGCGCACGACCAGCAUCGACAGCGACAACAGGUCCGACCGCAGCGAGGACGAGGAGGCCAGACGGUCGCGGAAAAGGGCCGCCUCGACCUCCCCCUCACCCAUUCCACUCGACAAGAGGACGGCCCGCUUCGAGUGUCCGAAGUGCCUCCAGCGGUUCGACUCUGUGAACGCCUUCGACCUCCACCGCUUCACGGCGCACGGCGAUGAGACCAGAGCCGGCUUCGACGACCUCACCUUCGUCGACUUCUCCAGCAAGAAGUUCCCCGAAAUCGCUCGAGGAGUAUGCGAGCGGAACACCCACGUGUCUAUAACAGAGCAGCGCUACAAAUGCGAUCUCUGCUCGCGAGAGUUCCCGUGCGGCCAAGCGUUGGACAUCCACAGGAAGGCCUGCUCCAACGCCGCCAGGCUUGCCAGUCCGGAGCGCGAGCGCAGGGAGGACUUCUUCGCCAAGCUGGACCUUAGGAACAGGUCGUUCGGCAUCCCCGGCACGCUGACGCCGCCCAUGGAGAGGUUCACGCCGAAAUUCGACGAGGGACACAUUGGCGGUAACGGGAUCAGACACAUGGACGCCGCACGGGACCUGGCCGAUAUCCAGUCGAUCUUAAACGUCACGUCGGCCGGCAGCCUUCUAGAGAGACUGACUGGGACGCGUGUGGCAUUAGAGAGCACCGUGCUCACUCCCCCCGACACUAUAGUGAAGGACCGCGAACCGGAGGAGACCCAGGACAACUUUGCGGCGGAGUUCAGGCGAAUGAAGCUACGCGGCGAGUUUCCGUGCAGACUGUGCCCCGCCAAGUUUCCCAAUCUGAGGGCGUUGAAAGGACACAACAGGGUGCAUCUAAGCGGCACCGGCCCGGGCCCCUACCAGUGCAACAUGUGCCCCCACGCGUCCCUGGACAAAGCGGCCUUAGUCCGCCACAUGCGCACCCACAACGGUGACCGGCCGUACGAGUGCGCCGUCUGCAAUUACGCUUUCACCACGAAAGCCAACUGCGAGCGUCACUUACGUAAUCGUCACGCCAAAGUCACCAGGGAGGACGUGAAGCGCUCCAUAAUCUACCACCCAUCCGAGGACCCGAACAACGAUGAAGUCAAUUCAAAGCUGGCUCGGGAUGAAGUUAAGAGGUCGCUUGCGUUCCACACUCCCGAUAUCGAGCGCCGGCCCGACACAACGGGUCGCGAGACACCAUUGACUCAUUAUGCGCCAAGCUUCAUUACUGACAGACACCCAGUCACAGCUUUAGCUACCAAAACCUUGCCCGAAUCGCCGUCUUUGACCCCGAGAGAAUCUGAACAAGCCCUUCCUAGAAUUAAAGUGAAAGGUAUAGGACAGCUGACACAAAUUCCAGAGUUCAGACCGCCAGAGAUCACGUUCAAAGCCAACGAUGUGCCGCUUGAGCCGUACGACGAAGAUGCUCCGGUUGAUCUGAGUACAAGUGACAACAAUAGCUGCGAUGUUCUGGAUCUAAGUAAAAAGAAGCGAGACUCGGAUGAAGAUGAACCCAAAUCGAUACCGAGGCCAGCCUUCGAGGCCAACAGCACUGCAUCCGCGGCAUCCGCUGCUGCUACAGCCUUCGAAAAGACCAGGUUCCUCCUAGCUCAGCAAAGACUCUUCGAGACGUCCAUUCCAAAGAUCGAUCCAGCUUACUACGCGACACAGCUGUCCCAACUGUACGCUGGCGCGGUCCCCGGCCUCCCAGGGCUGCACCUCCCACCGUCAACCUUCCCCAUCAAUCCAUACUUCCUCCAAACGUCGUUUUUUCCCCACCCAACCGAUUCGCAGGAACUUGCCGAGAUAAAGCAGCGCAUACAGAAGGAAAUUAUCCGCGGUCUCAGCAUGUCCGGCGGUAGACUGGUCACCGGCGAACAGGAAGCCCAACCCAAGCAAGAGCCGGAAGAGGAAGACCAAAAGCCCGUUCAAACCGCGCCGCCCACCCCGCCCCCUCCCGAAUCUCCGCGUCCAAACAACAGCGUGAUCUCUCAAAGCGACUCGGUCAAGAUGGUGAUAAAGAACGGCGUGCUGAUGCCGAAACAGAAGCAGAGACGCUACCGCACCGAGCGGCCGUUCUCGUGCUCGCAGUGCUCGGCGCGGUUCACGCUGCGCUCCAACAUGGAGCGGCACGUGAAGCAGCAGCACCCGCAGCACUGGAGCGUCCGCAGACCGACGGCCAGGGCGCCGCCAUACCAGACUCCUGACAAUUUGGCUGACCGCGUCAAGUUCGCCCUACUAGCGCGCCACUUGGAGAGGCCGUUAAGCGAGCGCUCGCCCAUACGCAGAGACUCUGACGAAGUGGCCGACAACGAGGAAGACGAAGACGACGCCCUCGUGAUCGACGAGGAGACGGAGGCCGACGUAAAACCGGAGCGCACGGCUGCCCACAAGGCGGCGGCGGAAAUACUGAUGGCGACGCGCCAGCAAGAGCUGAACAAGGACUUCGACCUGAAGAUCGCGGGCAGCUUGAUCAACAAACCGCCCCCGGUGGCCGAGAAGACGGACGUGGGGACGGACCCCGUAGUGAAUUCCGAACCGCUCGUGCCAGUGGUCCCGACGCGCAGCGACGAGGAGGAGGAUGAAGAGGGGCUGGUCGCGUCCACCAGCGAAGGCAAUAACUCCGGAAGCGACGAAAACAAAUCGGAGUCCGACACCGGUGCCGUGCCACCGAAGAAGAAGUCCGCGUACAGCUUGGCGCCUAACCGCGUCUCGUGCCCCUACUGCCACCGCAAGUUCCCCUGGUCCUCCUCGCUCCGCCGCCACGUGCUCACGCACACCGGCCAGAAGCCCUUCAAGUGCCCGCACUGCCCCCUGCUCUUCACCACCAAGUCCAACUGCGACCGCCACCUGUUAAGGAAACACGGGGGCUCGGCUAGGGCCGUGCUAGCGGAACCGAUCGCCGAACCCGUCACCCAGCCGCAGACUGGAAACGACACUAGGGCCGUCCCAGAAAGACCGUACAAGUGCGCCGCGUGCCCCACCAGCACCUUCUCAACUAUGGACACCCUAAAGAAGCACAUGUCCUCGCGCCACGGAACCACCGAUUCUCGUCCCGUCUCCCCGAACCCCGAGGGGAACGAGGAGGCGCCCGAUGCCCUGGUCUUCAAGUGCCACCUCUGCGAGUGCUCGUUUGGAGACAGGAGCGGGGCUCUGGCCCACCUGGCGGCAAAGCACGCGGCCGAGUACGAGCAGCUGGUCAGUAAAGGCGCCCUGGACGGCACCAGCGACCGCAGCGAGAGCGCCGACGACGACGACAGGGGCAAAUUCCCCGAUCACGCCAACAGGAAGGUUGUGUGCGCGUUCUGCGUGCGCCGCUUCUGGUCCGCGGAGGACCUGCGCCGGCACAUGCGCACGCACUCGGGCGAGCGGCCGUUCGCGUGCGACCUCUGCCGGCGCCGCUUCACGCUCAAGCACAGCAUGCUGCGCCACAGGAAGAAGCACCGCGGCGAGGCGACCGACGACGAGGAGGCGUCGCCGCCCGCCACGCCGCCGCAGCGCGAGGCCGUCGCUAACGGAUACCGCUACCACGAGGACGACGGCUCCGGCAACGAAGUGCCCAGCAACGUGAACAACAACAACUCGCCCCCGUCGGCGCCGUACGGCAAGAAGCUGAAGCUCGAGAUGACGUCACGCAAGUACUCCUCCGAGGCGGAGAACGACGCGGAGAACGGCGGCGACCUAAUCGGGAAGCUGCUCGGCAUACCGGACAAGACGAUCAUAAACAAAUUGCUCUCUUCGGCCGACGAGGCGGCCAAGUUCCUCGGCGUGAACAAA